AUGUCCCCGUAUGUGCCCCACAAUGACGAGUCAUUAUAUGACCAUCCAGAAACGUUUCGGCCAGAGCGGUUCUUGAAGGCCGUUGCCGCCGACGAUCCAUCAGAGCCGAGGAAUGGUUCAAAUCUGAACACACUUUUUCUUUUGGCCACGGGCGCAGAAAAUUCGCUUUAUAUCACUCUAAGCAAUAUUUUGUGGGCAUUUCAGAUCUUACCACCUCUUGGAGAAGACGGGAAACCGGAAGAGGUGGAUAUUUCUGAUAAAGCCUUCUUUCGGUCGAUGGGUAUGCUUAUCAAACCCUACGAAGCCCUGUUCGUGCCGAGAAGAGAACAACACGCGCGUAUAAUCAAGGAAUCGUGGAUGAAGGCACAGCAAGAGGGCUUCCUCAUAGCAAUCUCUCUUGUUAACGUUGAUGGUGUUGUCGCAGGAUAA